AUGGACCAUAGAUUCAGCGCCUACGGCAUUGGGCAGCGUCGACAGCCCAAUGAUACAUCGUCUUUUGCGCCAAUUCGCAGUGGUGUUGGCAGCGGUGGUGGCGGCGGCGGCGGCGGUGGUGGCAAUAGCGGCGGCGGUGGUGGUGGUUGUGGUCCAUUCGAAGAUAAUUUUCGCAGGUCAAUGAACAAUAUUGACAACGGUUACAACAAUCAACGAUAUGCAGAUAUUGAUAACAACAAGUUUGGCGGUAUGCAAUCAAACAAUUAUGGACGCUCCGGCGGCGACAUUGGCUUCUCUAACUUUAACAACAAUCAGAACAACAACAACAACCAACGGUUCGGCAACAACGGCCGUGGAGCAGACCAUGUGAGUGCUGCGCCGAUUAAAAGCAACUUUGACGACCGUCGUGGACCGUCGCAGCAGCCGCAGUCAAAUUUUCUGGGACGCACUUUCGACCAGCGCUUCAAUAUAAGCGGCGACAACAGUCGAAAUGCGAGCAAUAACGGUUAUAUGUCUAGUUCCGACAAUUACCGUGGCUCUCAGCAGCAGCAACAACAACAACAACAGCAGCUGCCAACAAAUUCGGGCAUGAGUCGCUCUGUUAGUGAUCUUGGCUACAACAACAACAACAACAACAACAACAGCAACAUUAACAACACUGACAAUCAACGCUUUUACAACAACGAUCGCAAUAUCGAUACUUAUCGACGUGCCGAUCAUUUCAAUGACAAUUUGCGCGGGCAGGAAUCGAGUAAUUUGAGCCGCACUGGCUCCAAUUUUAAGUUCAACAAUGAACGCACUGCGCCUUUUAAUACGGGCAACUUUGGCAACUUUAACGAUCGCGGUUUCAAUGACGACUUCCGCAGGCCGCAGCCCAACGAUUUCCCCAUAGGCUUUGACAACAAGGUCAACAACAACAACAACGGCAACAACAAUAAUCAACCAUUUUACAACAACAAUAGCCAAGCACCGAUUGGGGCUGGCAACUCGAAUGUCCAGAAUUAUCGCGGCCAGAACAAUGCUAGGCCCGCUGGCGAGGCUUACGCAGUGAUGGAGACGGUGAACGCUCUGAUGAAGAACCAAUCCAACUGGCAGGUGGGCAACAACAACUUUGGCUUCGGCCAGGGCAAACCGAAUGUCGGCGGCAAUCGCAACAGUAAAUGGAAUUUCGACAACAAUGCUGGCCCCAAGCCCAAUCCCACGCCAGUUGGCAACAGACCGCAGAUGCCCAAUCAAGGCAAACCGCCAGCUCCCAGGCAAAUUAUCAACAACAACAACAGCAACAAGCCGCAGCUGCCCGUUGCCGCACGUAGGCCGCCAGUUGUUGUCAACAGGCCGCAAAAUCAGCAACAGAAGCAAAUUAUUAAAAAUCCAUUGAACGCUAAAAAUCAACCAGCUGCGGUCAAGAAUGUGGCCGUUAACGGCGGCAAGCCGAAGCCAGCUCAGGUGCCGGUCAAAAAGAAUCCGGCCGCAGCACCUGCUCCAAAUACUCAAGCGAAAAACAAAGCCAACAACGGCAACAACAACAACAGCAACAAGCCACAGGAAGUCAAGAAAGAAGCUCCCAAAACUAAUGCUAAAGUUCCCGGCCAGAAACGCGUAGCCGAGGCAGUUCCCGUGCCGCUCACCAAGGCCGACAUCAAGCGUCGCAAGCUCGCGGUCAAGCGUGGCUUUUUGCUGGGCGGCUUCAAGCUGCCGUAUAUCAACAAUCAGAAGGUGGCUCUGCCGCAGCCGGAGGACAAGUCGUAUGCGAUCAUGUUCUUUGAGCAGGCGCCGAAUUACAGUACAAGCGGCGAGGAACUCGACGAUGAGGCCCUGGCGGAGGAGAUGCCCAGUGUCGAGCAGGACGGCAAGAAUGCGGGACGGACACUGGUCAAGCGCAUUCGCAAGCGCUUGCACUACGAGUGGGCCAUCAAGGAGGAGUCGAAGAAGUACUCAUCCUGGACAGCCUGGUGGACGGACUACAAGUGGUGCGAGGCGGCCAUUAAGGAGCAGCUGCAGCCAUUUGGCAGCAUCAAUUUGCGCAAUUGCUUUAUACCGGACUUUCCACGUUUAACCACCGAUCAGGUGGUCGAUGUGAUUGUCAGUCAGGGCCAAUUUGCGCUGGAGAAGAAUUCCGAUAAUUAUUACAAUAACAUGAAGUCCAUAUUUACAUUGAUGAAUGUAACCUUUUUGGAGAACCUUAAGAUGCCGAACACCGAGAAGGUUCAGGACAUGAUACGCAGCGUGCCCAACGAUUUCUGGACAUACAAAAUGCGCAGCAUGGUCUUCUUGUGGGCUCAGUAUCUAAAAAUCUCAAAGACCUCAUCGCCGGCCACGGAAACUGGCGUCAAGGAGCUGCAGGCCAUUGCCCGCGACUGGAAGAACCCCGUAUUCCAUUGGAUAGCCAAGCAGGCCAUCGACGAACUCAAGGCUAUCAGCGAGGUGGAGUGGCCGGAGCAUAAACAGAAGUACGCCAGCUUGGAAUCAUCUGCUCCAGCAUCUUAAGGCAGCCCAGCGCGCUUGUCCUGUAUGCAUUUUCAUCCCAAAUUUUAUUAUAAAUUGAUAAAUACAUUAAAAAACAAAACACACAAGAUUGUAGAUUGCGAGUAAACAAAUAAAUGCAUACAUCAUAA